AUGGAAGCAGGAAACCAAACAGGAAUUUUAGAGUUCAUCCUCCUAGGGAUCUCUGAGGACCCAGAAUUGCAACCCCUUAUAUUUGGGCUCUUUCUGUCCAUGUACCUGGUGACUGUACUUGGGAACCUGCUCAUCAUCCUGGCUAUUACCUCUUACUCCCACCUCCACACCCCCAUGUACUUCUUCCUCUCAAACUUGUCCUUGGUUGACAUCUCUUUCAGCACUGCCAUAGUCCCCAAGAUGCUGAUGAGCAUCCAUACAGAGAACAAAUCCAUCUCCUACAUGGACUGCCUCACUCAAGUCUAUUUUUCCAUGUUUUUUCCUAUCCUGGACACUCUUCUCCUGACUGUGAUGGCUUAUGACCGCUUUGUGGCCAUCUGUCACCCCCUGCACUACAUGGUCAUCAUGAAUCCACGCCUCUGUGGCUUGCUGGUUUUUAUCACUUGGUUCAUUGCGGUCAUGACAUCCCUCCUUCAUAUCUUGCUGAUGAUGCAUCUGACCUUCUGCAGAGAUCUUGAAGUUCCACAUUUCUUCUGUGAACUGACACAGAUUCUCAGGUUGUCCUGCUCUGAUACCUUCCUGAACAGCACAUUGAUAUAUUUUAUGACUGGUGUGCUAGGUGUCUUCCCCCUCAUUGGGAUCCUUUUCUCCUACUCACAAAUUGCUUCAUCCAUAAGGAAGAUGUCCUCAUCUGGCGGAAGGCAGACAUUUUCCACCUGUGGGUCUCAUCUCUCAGUCGUUUCUUUAUUUUAUGGGACAGGUGUAGGGGUCUACUUCACUUCUGCAGUGACUCACUCCCCCAAGAAAGUUUCAGUGGCCUCAGUGAUGUACACUGUGGUCACCCCUAUGUUAAACCCCUUCAUCUACAGCCUGAGGAACAAGGAUGUGAAGAGGGCCCUGGGGAGGCUCCUUGGCAGAGUAGACUCUUGUCUGUGA